AUGGCGAUGACACGUCUUCUCCCAAAGGGCAUAUACACACCAUUGCCAACCUUUUUCCACGAUGACGAGGAGUUGGACCUAGACGCUCUGGCAAAACAUGUCAAGUACACGGCUCUCGCCGGCACCAUUCCAGUCGUCUGCGGUUCAGCGGGCGAGGCCGCGCAUCUGUCGGCAGACGAGCGCACGCAGAUUAUCCAGACGACGCGGUCCGCCCUGGACGCCUGCGGUCUGGAGCAAGUCCCCAUUGUAGCCGGCGUGGGCGCGCCGAGCACGCGCGAGACCAUAUACCUGGCCAAGAGGGCGCAGGAGGCCGGGGCCGAUCACGUCAUGGUGAUACCUCCGGGCUACUACGCGGGCGCGCUCCAGAGCAACGGCGGCGAGGCGCUGCGACAGUUCUUUGUCGACGUGGCCGAGAAGAGUCCUCUGCCCGUCAUUGUGUACAACUUCCCUGGGGUCUCGGCCGGGAUCGAUCUGGAUAGUGAUCUCAUUCUUGAUGUGUUGCGACAGGCGCCGAAUGUCGUGGGUGUCAAGCUGACCUGCGCGUCUGUUGGCAAGAUCACACGUAUCAAUGCCGUGACCAGCUCUGAAAGCUUCAAGUCACGAUACCCAAGAAUAAACCCACAUGCGGAAUUUAGAAUCAUUGAUGGUUACAUUGACAUUCUGCUGCCAUCAAUCUCGAGUGGUGCUGCCGGUGCGAUAUCUGGACUUCCCAACUUGGUUCCUCGAACCUGUGUGCGUUUAUGGGAACUUGCCAAUUACCCAUCUAACACACCCGAGUACAAGGAGGCACAGAGGCUACAGAAUGACCUAGCACUCGUCGACGGCUUCAUGCAAAAGAUUGGCUUUGCUGGAAUGAAGAUGCUCCUCCAUAAACAGUUUGGCUACGGUCGCCUGCCGCGCCGACCUUUACUUCCAAGCAGUGAGGAGAGCGCUGCUUCAUGGUUCAUGAAUCCUUUACUAUUAAACGUUUUGAUGGAGGAACAAAAGUAUGCUGCGAUAUGA